AUGGUUGACAAGGUUAUCCCCAGGCGGCAGGGAAGAGGGCAGCCUCUCCCCCAACCAACCACCAAGCUGCCCCCCAGGAAACAAGCCAAGACGGAGGAGGAAAAGGAACAGCGCCGCAUAGAGAGGAUCUUGAGGAACCGCCGCGCCGCGCAAAUGUUUCGAGACAGGAAAAAGUCGGAGCUCGAAGCCGCGGAGAAGCGUAACCAGGAGCUGGAAAGCCUCUUGCUUGACGCCCAGACCUCCAAGAAGCAGCUUGCCGAGGAGGUCAGCCGGCUUCAGCAGCGGGCCAUCCAGGCUGCCGACUCUCUCAUCCACUCUGACGCAGCCUCUGACAAGAGCAACGCUUCCCCGCGGCCAUCUUUCGCCCCAGAAACUGCCAACCGCUACAAAAACAACAACAGCAACAGAAACAGCAACAGCAGCAACAACAGCAGCAGCAGCAAAAGCAACAACAACGCCUCCAGCGUCCCGGAACCUCCCAGUGACCUGGCCACACCAAAGAGCUGCUUCGGCAGCGACUCCGAGUCGUCUCAUCCCCCCAAGCUCAACGACUGGCUGCGAUCAUUGGAUGGCUCGUCAUCGUAUGAGCCGCUGCCCUCCAAAGCCUGCCCGCCAACAACCACCUCCCUAGAGUACACCACCUCUGAGAUGCCCUACAUGCUGACGGACUCCAAGGAUGACUGGUACGGGACACCCCCAGCCAAGAUUCCCCGUCCGGCAUCUGACCUGCAUGAAGCACCGUUCGUCUAUGGCCUUGACGACGCCCCUGUCACCCGGGUUACGGACAGCAGAACAUGCUCCUACGCUGAUCCCAUGUGUGUAAACUAUGACCUGGCGUCCGAUAUGCCGACGCCCGCCACAGAACUCAGCUACUUUGACUGGGAUAGGCUGUUCAACGAUCCAGCCGAUGCCCCUCUCGUCCACCCGGCGAGCUUGGAAUCAAGCCCCUACCCAUCACACCCACACCCACACCCACACCACAAUUACAGUCACGGUCACAACCCCAACCCACCAUACAGAACCGCUUCUUACCCUUCUCCCCACCAUCUGUCUUCCCAAAUGCACAAUCACAGCGAGCAGGCGCUCUGGAUGAAGGAUCGGGGCUACGGCUACCCGCAUGGCUACAGCAGCAUUGUGGACGAUUCCAUGCGCCAUUCUCAGUGCUACGAGUGUUGGCCUUCGUACCGCGGCGAGCGUAGACCGUGA